UAAAGAUAACCGUGAACUAUAAGCUGAAAAGUGUAAGUCAUUAAUGAAAAAAUGAUGACAGUGUUCCUAUAGACUGCAGAUAGAAGUAAAAGUCGGCAGUCUUGAGGUGAUGUGAACUAUUUAGCCCACAUAUUGAACAUGGUGUCAGCUAUAGUAUAGUGACUGUGAACGUACACGUCGCAUCGUAAAAAUGGCGUCAACAACGGGGAGAGCUGAAAGUUACAAUCCAGACAUUGAGCAAUAUGAAUCAUACAGAGAAAGAAUGGAUUAUUACUUCGUGGCUAAUGACAUAAGUGAUGAAAGGAAGAAAGUGGCUGUAAUUUUGUCAGUAAUGGGAGCAAAAGAGUAUAGACUGCUAAAGAGUGUGGUAGCUCCACAGAAGGUUUCUGAGCUGACAUUGAAAGAGGUCGAUGAGGCGCUGAAGGAGCAUUACAACCCUAAACCACCAGUCAUGCUAGAGAGAUACAAGUUCUAUCAGAGGAAUCAGAGGGCUGAUGAGAAUAUCGCUACAUACUACGCCGAGUUGAAGAAAAUGGCGGAAACAUGCGAUUUUAGCACCUUCAGAAAGGAAGCACUUCGAGACAGAUUCGUGUGCGGGUUAGCAGAGGAGAGCGUUCAGAGGCGUCUUCUGUCCGAAGAUGACAUCACUAUCGAGAAAGCGGUGAAGCUGGCUACGAGCAUGGAAGCUGCCAGUAAGGGUACCGCAGCACUGAAAACACUUGAACAGAAAAGUUCUACAAGUACAACUGUUAAUUAUGGAGAAAUAGAAUGCUAUUGUUGUGGAAAAAAAGGACACACCAAGAAACAGUGUCGGUAUAGGGAACUGUCAUGUGACAACUGCCACCGUAAAGGACAUCUAAAACAGGUGUGCAAGAACAGUAAGAAGGGUAGCUCUAGAUCACAAAAUAACCCAAAGAGUACAGGUAGUACUAGUAAGUGGAAGGGACAAGAACAUAAGUAUAAGACUAGAAGAAAGUCUAGGUUAGGCGUAAGUCAUGUUGAAGGUGACCAGUCAGAGUCGGGUAGUGUUGAAUGUUCAGAGUCAAACACAGAUGAUGAUGAUAAUGUGUAUUACAUUGGAGUACAUAAAGUAGGGAAAGGUGUGAAGCCUAUCAUGGUUGAUGUAGAAAUAGAAGAUACUACAUUGUCGAUGGAACUUGAUACGGGCUGUGGAGUCUCGAUUGUUAGUCAAUCGGUGUAUGAAAAGAACUUCAAACAGAAGGUAAAGGUAGACAAAUGUGAUAUAAAGCUCAAGACCUUCACACGACAGACGAUACCUGUAAUGGGCAAAUGUAUGGUGAAUGUGAAUUACCAUGGUAAAAAAGAAAGGUUACCUUUAAUCAUUGUGAAGAAUGAGGGUCCUACUUUACUGGGUAGAGAUUGGUUGUGGGAAAUUCCCCUACGAUGGAAAGAAAUAUUUGAGGUACACCAUGUGACACCUAGUGGUACACCACAAGAUAGGAUAGAGAAGGCAAUAGCAGAUAGUGAGGUCUUUGAUAGCAGUGUAGGAAGAAUAAAAGGGGUUCAGGCCAAACUGAAAGUGAAAAGUGAUGCGGAACCAAGGUUCUUCAAGCCCAGACCUAUUCCCUUCGCGAUAAAAGACAAAGUGGCAGAAGAGAUUGAUAGGUUAGUGAAAGAAGGGGUACUAGAGCCUGUAGAGUUUUCCGAUUGGGCUGCUCCUGUAGUACCGGUACAGAAACCAGAUGGUAAGAUAAGGUUGUGUGGAGACUAUAAAAUUACAGUCAAUCCACAGUUAGAAGUGAAAGAGUAUCCAAUGCCAAGACCUGAAGAGUUGUUUGCUAGCCUACAAGGGGGAAAGAAGUUCACAAAACUUGACUUGAAGAAUGCAUAUCAACAAGUAGACUUAGAAGAGAAAUCUAGACAAUAUGUCACAAUUAACACACAUCUAGGUCUAUACAGGUAUACACGGUUACCGUUUGGGGUGAGUUCAGCUCCUGCCAUAUUCCAGGAAUGCAUGGACAAGAUUCUCCAUGGUCUUAAGGGAGUAGGAUGUUAUUUGGAUGACAUCAUAGUCACAGGUUCAAGUGACGAGGAACAUGCAUCCAACUUAGAGAGUGUGUUGAAGAGGUUGAGUCAGUUUGGACUACGGUUGAAGAGAUCCAAGUGUGCAUUCAUGCAGGAUUCGGUGGAGUAUUUAGGUCAUGUGGUAGAUGCAGGAGGGUUGCAUCCUUCACCAUCGCGCGUUGAAGCCAUUGCGUCGGCAAGCCCACCCAAAGAUGCGUCAGAGGUACAGUCUUUUACUGGGCUAAUCAAUUACUAUCGGAAAUUUAUUCCGAAUCUGGCAUCCAUCUUGAAACCUAUUGAUGGGUUAAAGAAGAAGCAGGUGUUCGAGUGGACUUCUGAAUGCCAGAAGGCCUUUGACUUGGUGAAGAAGAUACUGAGCUCCAGCAAGGUACUGGUCUAUUUCGAUCCAAGCAAAGAGGUGACAUUGGCGGUGGACGCAUCACCAUAUGGGAUAGGCGCGGUCAUUUCCCAUGUGACAGAAGAGGGGGACAAACCGAUUGCGUAUGCGUCUAGGAAGUUGACAAAGGCAGAAAUGAACUACUCUCAGUUGGAGAAGGAAGCUCUAGCUAUUGUGUAUGGUGUGAGGUAUUUUCAUCAGUAUCUUUGUGGUAGGAAGUUUAUGCUUCUUACGGACCACAAACCAUUGACCUUUCUACUUGGACCCAAGAAGGGGAUUCCGGUCCUAGCGGCCUCAAGGCUGCAACGCUGGGCAAUUUUGCUUUCAGGAUACGUGUAUGAUAUAAAAUAUCGGACAUCCCAGCAGAAUGCCAAUGCAGAUUUCCUAUCACGUCUGCCUGGUUCAGGAAAGGUGGAGAGCGAGGAGGAUGAGUUUGUAGUGAAGUGGACUGAAGAAGCUACACAGAUGAAUGAGACACAGUUGAAGUCACUGCCGGUGACAGCUGAUAGAGUGCGGAGAGCUACGGACACUGAUAGGGUGUUGCCAAAGGUUAGAUUCUUUGUUCAGAAUGGAUGGCCUUGCAGGGACGAGAUCUCACCAGAGUUGCAGGUUUGGCUGAGGAAGAAAGAUGAGAUGACAGUAGAAAGUGGUUGCUUGCUUUGGGGAAUUCGUGUGAUCAUUCCAGAUGGUUUGCAGCAACAUAUUUUGGAAGAGCUCCAUAGAGGCCAUCAGGGGAUGGUGAGGAUGAAGAGUCUUGCCAGAAUGCAUGUCUAUUGGCCAGGUCUAGAUCAGGAUAUUGAACGCUUAGUACAGGCUUGUUCAUCUUGCCAAGCCAUGCAGACCUUACCACCAGCAGCACCGGUGAAUCCAUGGGCAUGGCCAUCCCAGCCAUGGCAUAGAGUGCAUGUUGAUUUUGCUGGACCAUUUCUGGACCAGAUGUUUUUGCUAGUCGUAGACGCUCACAGUAAAUGGCCAGAGGUCAUUCCCAUGAGGUCUACAACAGCAGCGAAUACCAUUCGGGUGUUGAGGUGUUUGUUUUCUAGAUAUGGCCUUCCCCAUGAAGUGGUAUCUGAUAAUGGACCACAAUUUGUUGCAGAGGAGUUUGCUGUGUUUUUGAAGAAGAAUGGCAUCAAGCACAUCAAGUCAGCAGUGAAGCACCCAGCUUCGAACGGCGAAGUUGAACGUUUUGUUCAGACCUUUAAGAAGGCUAUGAAGAAAGCCAAACCGGAUGGGGGUGAUGUACAGCUGAAGUUAGCUAGGUUCUUGUUGUCAUACAGGACCACUCCUCAUGUGGUGACCCAAGAAACACCGUCAAAGAUGUUCAUGGGACGAGACUUGAGGACACGGCUGAGUCAAGUGAGACCAGAUUUAGGCUUAAAACUACAGCAGAAGCGAGCUCCGAAGAAAGAGAGAGUGAGAAGCUUUGAGGUUGGUGAACGAGUGAGAGUGUUAGAUUUUCGGAUUCAUUCUGAAAGAUGGUCAGAAGGUAUGGUGACCAGAGUCCUUGGUCCAGUGACUUAUCAAGUAGUGGUAGAUGGUAUUCGGUGGAAGAGGCAUGUCGACCAGAUAAGAAGGAUGUCGCAGUGUGUAGAUUCAAUGGCAGAGCCACUCAGACAAACGGUACCGAACACAGACAUAUACAAUGACAGAGACACCAUCACAAGAGCCUUGACAGACGAAGACAUACCAAACACACACACAUCUCAGUCACCUAAGAAAAUACCCCAGACCCAAGACAAAAGUCACACAGAACAACAGCAACACACAGAGCAAAACCUCCGUCGUUCAAAACGUCACAUCAGUAAACCAGAUAGGUUGGAUUUGUAAAAAACUAAAACACACAAUGUGUAACAGUUCUUGUUGCAUGUCAUAAUGUUAUUGAUAAGAUGAGAUCAGAGUAAUAUGUUGGGAUAUGAGGAUUAUGAUCAAUACUGUUUGGUAAUUUGUACAAAUUGUACAUUAAAAAAGAAAAGAAAUGCAUCUGUGAUGCAUAGUUUGACGUUUUAAGAUGAAAAGUAAUUUUGUUGUUAUGAAAUCAUCUAUGUUUUUUUUUUAUAAUACGGAGUCAGAAUAAGUAUGUUACAUAGUCAGAUCAGAGCCUAAGGGGUGAAUGUUCAGUAAACAGUGUUUAUACAUUUUCACAGUCAAGGAACCAAGCAUAAGUUAAAAAAAAAAAAAAAAAAAAAAAAAAAAAAAAA